ACGGCUCGUUGUGUUGUUUUUAUUAUCAGCUGUUCGUCGGGAUCUAUAUUGCGCUAUUAUUAUUACUUGCGAGGAAUAAAUGCGCAAAACUACCAAAGAUUUAUUUUUAAGAAGCGUCGGAAAACGUUUACUCUCUAAAGAAGCAGGUACUGCAGAGGCUUUGCAAGUUGGAACUGGACCCCUACUGCUUGCAACUUCACUUGCAUGCCAGGCAAACAAGUUCACCAUCGAAUAUUCAGUACAAUCACCCUUAGCUUAUAACAAUGUUACAACGGCUCACAAACCUGCUCUUUGGAAGCUUGAGUGAAACAACUCAGGAAGCAACUGUACCAAAGCCAAUGUCUCCAGAGGUGGACGAGGAAGGAUGGCUUCUGGUUAAUGCACCUGGUUCGGACACAGGAGUCGUCGGGAAACAACGAACCAGUUCAGAUGGAGAGGCAUCCUCUGAAUCCAGUGAGGUCCAUUCCAUCCCAUCUUUAUCCAAGUUAAUAGGAAGUCCAUCGAGCACAGAGAAGUGUGCUGCCAGCUUGAUCAAUGAUGCAAGCAUUGUAAAACCAGAAUUCCCUGUUGCUAGAAGCAGUGGGCGGGCAUCUCAGAGGUUGGUCUCUCAGGCCGGGGCUCUGGUCAAAGUAACCCAGGUGGGCAGGGUACAGCGGGCUCAGGCUCAGGCCAACCACCACAAUCUUGGCAGCAAUUGCAUUCUGCGUCAGAACCAUGUUCGCCAGCGUCUUCCUCAACACUACUCUCGCAUUCAUCACAUGAUCCUCCACCAGCCUGGCCAUCGCAAUUUAUGUCACUAAGAUACAGAGAAAGCACAAACCAACAUUGCACUUAACAGAGCGCUUAACACAACAUGCAAGGAAACAACAAACAUGCAAGUGCCAUGGUUGGAAAUAAAAGCUUGAUAUCAUAAGAACAUUUCAGAACCAUUUUCUUUAAUUACAGUGUAGUGCAUAAUAAAUUCAAUGGCAGCUAAAUAUAUGUUUCCAAAACAUAUGUUGGCCACUAGAAAGUCAUGUCUGAUUUUACCUACUAGUGUACAAUUUUUAGACUGUUAUGCAACAGUAAAAUUGCAUUUAAUGAAAUCAAAUUUACCUUGCUGAAGAGAGUUUUGAGUUUGACUCUCCCAGAAAAUGGACAAAUUUUUGAUAGACAGAACUGUUUCUAGCCUUUCACAUGCUAGUUUUGCUAAUCAAAGUUCUGAUUUAGAAUCUAUUGGGCUAUUUUUGUCAUUCGUUUGUUAAUUAAAACAGAAAGAAAAAAUAAUUCGGACUGAGCAGUAAUGUUGGCCCAGGUCAUUGUCAAUAUGCAAUAUACAUAAACCUUUUUGGUGCAUUGGUAAUAUGAUUACUAGGAUUUUUAUGUUUUUUUUAUUUUUUAUGUUCUUUUCUAUAAUCAUAGUGAACCAUCAAACCGAUUUUAGAAAAGUAAUGUAUUAUUUUGAUUACUGGUGUCUUGAUUAUCAAUAAAGCAAAACGGUAAAUAGCUACCUGGAUAAUUUCAUGUUUGGAACAUUAAAGGGAUAGUUUACCCAAAAAUGAAAAUUCCCUCACAC